AUGUCUGCGACAUCCAAUCUCCGCCAUAGUCAGACAGCUCGGCCCUCCUCUCCCCACACACCACAGCAACCGCUCCGUUCAGCGAACACAUCCUUCGCGAGCGCCUCAUCACCAGGCUCGUCCUUUCGAAAUGAGGACGAUGCGAUCAUUUUCGAGAUAGGAGCGCGAUGGAUCAGAGCUGGAUUCGAGGGAAAUGGUACUCCUGUAUGCGUCAAACGCUUUGGACCUGAAGAAAUGCGGCGAGCAGCGGACUACCGGGGAUGGAUUCAUGGGGACAUUGGCGCUGGGUCGCUACCCAAGCCUGUCAAUGCGGAAGAUUGGGUUCGUGAUUAUGAAUUGUGGCAGCCCGACCUGAGGAAAAUUGACUUGGGGCUAGUCGAGGAUAAGAUCGAACGCGUUUUCCGCGAAAUCUACAACCAGUACCUGUUGACCGACGCGGGCACCUCCCGGCUGGUCCUGGCCCUCCCUGCGCUUAUGCCACACCCACUACUAUCGUCACUACUAUCCAUUAUAUUCGGUCGCUGGCGAUUUCCUAGCAUCACCCUUCUUCCGAGUGCCACAAUGUCUGCGACAGCGGCAGGACUGCGAUCCGCUCUGGUCGUGGACCUUGGAUGGGCCGAAAGUACAGUGACAGGGAUAUACGAAUACAGAGAGACCGUUACAAAACGGAGUACGAGAGCGAUGCGCGCCUUGAUGUUGGAAACGGGCCGUUUUCUCACUCGGUUGGCGUCCGGUAAUGAUGAUGAUGAUGCUAAGGAGGAAUCAUUAGAUGGUGAUAUCUCUGUGGGAUUCACAUACUGCGAAGAAGUCGUGAGUAAGUUUGCCUGGUGCAGGCAACAAGCUGAAGACCCCGACACACGGACUGCAACGGACCAGAUGAUCUCGAUUCCCUCCCCCAAAAAUCCAGAGCACGAGUACCAAGACCUCCCGCUCUCCGACAUGGCAAAGUCUGUUGAAAAAGUCAUGUUGGCGCCGGAUGUCCCUGAGUGUGACUUGGAUGAUGAGGAGAAAUCAAUUCCCCUGCUUGUUUACAAUUCUCUCCUCUCCCUGCCGCCUGAUGCAAGAGGAACAUGCAUGGCACGCAUUGUCUUCGUUGGCGGUGGAGCUCGAAUUCCUGGCUUGCGCCAGCGAAUUCUGAAAGAAGUACGACUGUUGAUUGACCGACAUGGAUGGAGCCCGAUUCGAGGCAAGGUCGUCGAGCGACAGCGGCAGCGAUUGGAGGAAUUGAAAAUCACAUCCCAGACCAACAAUCAUAGCCAGUCCCCAGAUAAUAUCAUAGCUGGCACGACGGACGAUGAUAAGGAGAAGUCUGAUCCUUCCAAUGAAGAGCCCGAGGUCGACUUCGUGGACCAAAAGUUGCGUCGACAGAACAAAGAUACACCAGUACCCAUCCAAGGAAUUUUGCGCGAAAUCGAGUCCCUGGGACCAUGGGCUGGGGCUAGUCUAGUGACUAGCUUAAAGAUUCGUGGAAUGGUGGAAAUCGAACGAGAGAAGUUUCUCCAAUAUGGGCUGGCCGGUGCGACUCGAGACCUGGAACAACCUGUCCCUGACCGUCGAUCGGGACUUCGUGCUGGGGAUCGAUCCAGCUGGACCCUGGCCGGAUGGGCAUGA